UAGGUAUCUACCUGUAGUUAAUUUGAGUAUCAUUUCCAAGUAGUUAUUUCAUAUCGGUAGACAUGUUUCAGAAGAAGUUUGUUUCGGACUACAUUUGGCCAAAAUGAGACUAUUUUAUAUUUUCACUUCGCUUGUGGUUUUUAUUAAAUGUGAAAGUUUUUCCAAGCCCAAUAUAGUUUUUAUUGUGGCUGAUGAUUUGGGUUGGGGCGACGUGACUUUCCACGGCUCAGAUCAAAUAAUGACUCCUAACAUCGACACUCUGGCAUACCAAGGAGUCAUAAUACCGCAGUACUACGCCGAUUCCCGCGGCACCGCGUCAAGAAGCGCGCUUUUCACCGGAAAAUAUCCUAUAAGAACGGGUACUCAAGGCGUUUCAAUCGCUCAUGCCGAAGAUCGAGGUCUGCCUGCCACAGAGUAUCUAUUGCCACAACAUUUACGAGAACUGGGCUACACCACACAUUUGAUAGGUAAAUGGGGCCUCGGUAUAUCCAGGGAACAUUAUCUACCCUCUAAUAGAGGCUUUGAUACAUUCUAUGGCUUCUUAGGCAACAGUGUGGAUUACUAUACGUAUAAUCACGUCGAGACAUGGAAUGAUACAGUUUUCUAUGGACUUGAUUUCUUUAAUGACUUCGAACCAAUUGAAGAUCAAAGGGGUCAUCUCACCGAUGUACUAACGGAACGGGCUGUUAAGCUGAUAAGGAAUCACGAUGUAUCGACGCCUCUGUACCUUCACAUAUCGCAUGCUGCCCCCCACAUUGGAGGGGGGUACGUUAAUCUGCAGCCGCCCGAGGAGCUCAUCGCCGCAAACGAGCACAUCGCACAUUCGGCACGCAGAUUAUACGCAGGUCUCGUUACCGGCUUAGACAGGAGUAUCGGCCACAUAGUAUCAGCACUGGCUGAAAUGGAACUACUCAACAACUCUAUCAUCGUUUUGGUUUCUGAUAAUGGUGCAGCUUCAACUGGAUUAAACCGGAAUUUCGGCUCGAAUUUACCUUUGCGAGGUACAAAAGGCACGCCCUGGGAAGGUGCGGUGCGCACGACCGCGGUCAUAUGGCACGCAUUGAUACCAUACAAAAUUUGGCCGGGACUGUUUCACGUGACCGAUUGGAUGCCAACACUAAUUGCUGCUGCUGGUGGAAGUUUCAACGAGACAAUAGACGGUAUCGACCAAUGGAACGCCAUAACAAAAGACGAACCACCUCCUCGAGAAGACUUAUUAGUAACUCUGGAUGAUCUCAAAGACUAUGCAGCGUUUAGACAGGGAAAUUACAAAAUUAUCGUAGGCAACGUUGAUCCAAAAACAAGUGGAUAUUAUGGCAUGGAGUUAAAAAAGUUUAGAUUACCCUCGUUUUCGUACGAGAACGUGUUGCUGAGCUGUGACACAGCUCGUGUCUUUAAGGAGACUUUAAACAUCAAACUAAAUCUGAACACGGUAGCUAGAACACGAAAUAUGUCUAAUCUAUAUCGACAAAUUAAUCUGACAAAUAUUGAAGAAGACCUUUGCAUACCAACUAAUGCAAAAGGUUGUCUGUUCGACUUGAGCGUGGACCCAGCUGAGACCAAUGAUCUGUGGUCCUCUCAUCCGGAUCUCGUGCAGCACAUGGUCCUCAGGCUGCGGAUGUACUGGGCCGCAAUAAAUCCACGACACAAACCAAAGCCAGAUCCACGUGCAAAUCCUGCACUUCGAGAUUUUAUUUGGUUCCCCUGGCUUGAUAACGAAGAAAAUGUAUCAAAGGCUUUACAGGCAUUCCCGUCUUUCCCUUUGCAAGUUUCCGCUGGCGAGCUACAAUAUUUAGUGGAGUUCAAUCUAAACGCGUUCAAAGAUAGUUUGACAAAUUACGUUAAAAGCUCAACUGAUGCUAUCAAAGAAAACAUUGCAAAAUUAUUCUCGUUUUAAACAUAAUUCAAUAAUGUCAACCUCUUUGUAAAAAAAUCUCUCACUUUCCUUUUUUAAUUGUACGUGGUUUAUAUUUUUAUUAAUGAAAAGGGGUAGCAAAAACAUGCUUGAUGACUUGGAUGGGCCGAAAUAAUGAAUUUUAUGAGCCGUCGAGUUAUUUUGUCGUCGCUUCGCCGCCCGCCCUUUGAUCAAGGCGUGCAUUAAAAAGGAAAAUUGGUCAGCUUUUUGGGUUCGCAUAGCUGAAAGAGCAACUGUGUUAUUAUGUUAAAAUAAAUAACAACAUCCAUCUAUGUCUAAACGGCGUAAAGGGCUAACGAAAUAAUGUUCGGAGGAAGUUCAACAAUUUGUUAUUGUAUUUUCACAGAUUCAUAAAUAUAAACAACAAAAGUUAUUUAUGUAUAGGUAAUACCAGAUAUUAAUGGACGUCAUUAUUUAUUGGAGAACUUGUGAUAUACGAAACAGAUCCACAAAACUGUGGUAUGAAUAAAACAUAGCAUUGCCUUCGCUCCAAUUGCUGUGGUAUCUAUAAUUUAAAUGAAAUCUUGAAAGAAACAAGGCUUUUGAAGAUUUUAUUCAUAACUCGUAUAAACGUCGUGUAUUUAUUGUUCCUGUUUUAUAUUCAUCUCAGCAAGCAUCAUUAUGUUUGACGGCUAAGCGAAUGAAGACUGCGGAUGCAUAUACAAAUAUACCAAUGUUACUUAUAUGAAAAUUUUAAUGUAAUUUAACCAAAUGCUAAUUAGUAGUUGGUCGAUACAUACUUAUUGCAAUUACUGCACUUUUUGGACAACAGAAAUUGAUCUAUAUUAUGUCUUUCGGAAUGAUGGAUUGUUACACAGUUACCUAAUACAAUUGAUAAACAAUUU